CAAGGAUGGUGACUUCACCGUGGAUGUAGUCGCUAUCCUGAUUUCAGUGUUUAUAUGAUCAGCAUCGCGUUCAUCAAUAAGUUUCAUUUUAAGAGGACGUUCCUGAGAGGAAAAUGUAUUUCUCUAGAUGUAAAGUUGGAUUAUUCCCUCUGGGAGAUGAUUUGAUUCCAUCGAGUGAAUUUGGAGCUUUUUGGAUUAUUUAUUUUGGUGCAAUACAAACUACUUGCUGCUCUUUUUGACCAGGAGGGGUAACCUAUUAUUUGACCACCACUGAAGGAAUGAUGUCCGAGAGAAGAUGUGUAGCAGCCGGAAGAUCAUCUGGAGUUUGGUGGCGCUCUCGGUUUUGGAGAUGGGACUCGGUGCGUCCAGUAUCAUCCUCGGUGUGGUUGGCAUCAUCCGAAUCCCAAAGGCAACUCAACUGCAGUUGGGAGAUGGAUCGCCUUUAUGGAGUGGAAUUUGUUUCCUCGUCUGUGGUCUGUGUGGGGUGUUAUGUGCAAAGAAGAGGUCAGGAUUGAUUAUGAUCCUGUUCUCAGCCUGCUGCAUCUGUGGACUCAUCGGUGGGAUCCUGAACGUCCAAUUUGUACGAGCUGCGGCCAGACGUCCCGACGCCCUGCCAUCGCUCCACCUGGCGUGUGUGGUCCUCGCUUGCCUGGGCAUUGGAGGCUGCAUCCUGUUCACCUGGCUCACCUGCCGGCUGGCCAGCAGCGAGCAGCAGAGGAUGUUUCUGGAGAGGGAAGUCUCACUGCACCACUCUCACGAGAUGAGCGACAAGCUACAGUAGGAUCACAUCUGCAUGGUGCACCGUGUUUUGACUGGAAAUAUCCAGAAGUGGAGCACCAGAAAUCAAAAGGGAGGGACUGUACUGUGGGACCAUCUAUUCCGAGCAACUUUGUCGGUUACUGCUCCUGUUUAUUGUGUUCCUCCAGGAUCAGUAUUCCGAGAGGUCAAGCAUUCCCCAGAUCUCCUUCAACGGCAAGUCCUCACCAUCCUGAUGAAGAAGCCACCAGGAAUUAACUAUAUUAGCAGCAUGUAUGGAUCUAGCAUCAAGGAUUGUCAAUCUAUUGACAGAUGCUGGCGGUAUUUUGGGUCUUGAAAGAUGCAUUCGAAUAGCGUCCUACGUCUGAGGUUUUGAAGCACAGGGAGAUAUGGCUAUGGGUCCAUGGAAAAUGACCAUAGCAAACUCAGAGAUUCUAGAAGUUGACGACGUGAGGUGGAGAAAAGAGUUCAGUCAGUCAUGCAGAGUCAUGUUUCAGUACAGUUCUGUGAAGUAAUUUACAGUCAUAUAUUUCAGUGAAUGCAUGCAUGUCAAUGUAACAGAUUACUUUACGGAUAAAAAUAGUGGACUAGAUGAAGCUGAACCUCAAAGGUGACUCCCUAUAGACUCUAAAAUCCAGACCUUGUAUAUGCCUAUUUUAAAACAAUGGAAGACCUACAUUCUCAGUGAUCUAAGGAGCUGAACCUUAUUCUUAUACAACGUAUGACAUACCUCAAGUGGCUUUGCAUUUUUGUGUGCACGAAUGUACUGUAAAAAAUGAAAAGGAGGAUACCUGUCAAUCAUGUGUUCUUCAAUUGUAUUUUACAGUCUGUGGUGGGUUUUUAUUUGAAAAUGUCAACAAAAACUACAAUAAACCCACUCACUCAUUACUUCUACAUCAGAUACUGUAUGUUCUAUCUGCAUUUUUGCAGAUGUGCAAUCCAUACAAAUGUGUGGUUACAAAUGUAGAGUACACUUCAGAGUCAGAUCACUAGAUGGAGCCAUAUGUCUCUUGUUUACGUAACAAAAACCGCUAAGGAAUGUUAUAAAAUCUGACAACGGUUUGGGAGUGAAAUUGUAAACUGACUUGUGCACUCUUGGGUUAAGCUCAGAGUAAAAAUACCCAGUAGUAUUCAGAGACGUGUCCUCUGAGGCAAGGCAGAGCCAACCAAGGAAAGAGAUAUUCCAUGAAGUGAUGUUUAUGUAGUCCCUAACUGCCUCAUCCAUGGCUAAGUGAGAAUACAGAUAGUGUCUGGGGGAGCCCUUGACAGCGGCCAGGACUUCAUGUGGAGUGAGACUCUACCAAGGACAUCACGUUCUCCAUCAGGACACUGGACAGGGUGAAACCUCACAAACAACGCUCACCUCAACAGCUCUGUCAUAUAAAUCUGUUGCCACAAUGAUCCAGGUGGGAUCCAAGAGACUCUGAAGACCACAAGGUUUUCUUUUCUCAGGUUUUCCUAAAGAAAGAAAUCCAAUUGCUCACCUGGCUCUCAUCCCAACUAACUGACGGAUAACAAGAGAUCUUCAAAUCAUUCCGUUCCUGCAUUCUUUUCCUGUGUGAGAACUUGGGGAAGAGCUGAGAGCAAUACAUCAGUUCCUCUUUAUCAUUGUUAUGGGUUGUUUUAUGCACUGUAUUGAUUGUUAUGAAUCAAAACUGUAAUCGAAAGAUUCAGAACAUCCCUAGUUGUUAGACUUCAGUGCAUUUAGUUGUUUGUUCUACUGUGGUAAACCCUUACGUGUCCGUGAUACUAUACAUCUUGCACCUAGAUCCCAACUCUAUGUGUUCC